CAUAGCAUGUCUGAAUGUGUCUGAUGAAGAGUGAUCAUUCUCAAAGGUGUCUUGGCUCCUCAGGUCUGCAUACAAGGAAGAAGCCCUUAUGUUUGAUGAUGGUGGAUGAUGGAACCUCUUCCUUCUAAGAGAAUCAAGUCUACUCACCCUGAUAAUGAUUCCUCCUUAUCGAGAGCCACUCCACUUGUAUCCCAACAACUUUUAUUUGUGGACUCCACUUUCCCUCAGGAUGAGGCUCUGCAAGUGGAAGGAAUAAAGUGGAAGAGGCCUGAGGAAAUCUGUGACUGUCCACGCUUCAUUGUGGAUGGAGCCACCAGAAUGGAUAUUUGCCAGGGGAACCUGAGUAAUUGCUGGUUCCUUUCAGCCGUCGCCUGUCUGUCACUGUACCCUCAGCUCCUGGAACAGGUCAUGCCCACGGAACAAGACUUUGGGGAUGGGUAUAAUGGCAAGUUUAGAUUCCAGUUCUGGCAGUAUGGGAAAUGGGUGGAGGUAGUGGUGGACGAUCUGCUGCCAACAGUGCAGACCCUGCAGAAUGGAAGAGAUCACUACAAUUUACUUUUUGUGAAUUCCAAGGACAAGAACGAGUUCUGGAGUUCGCUGCUUGAGAAAGCUUAUGCCAAGCUCAAAGGCGGGUACUCUGCUCUGCAGAUGGGCUUCGCUGGAGAAGCUCUGGAAGACUUGACUGGUGGUGUGGUACAGAGCAGUAAUACCAACUGCCCAGCUCCAGAAUUGUGGAGACUCCUGGACAAUAUUCUUCAGAGAAGAGCUCUCAUCUGCUGUGGAAACACCCAGGGAGAAAUUGAAACAUCUAAUUUGAUGGGAAUUCUCAGCCAUCACAUGUACUCUGUGACCGGAACCAAAGAAGUUCAGACUAUACAGGGGCCAGUAUCUCUGCUCCGGGUCAGGAACCCCUGGGGACACACUGAGUGGACGGGGCCCUGGAGAGAUGGGGGGCCAGAAUGGCAUACUGUGAUCAAACCCGACCUGACAGAGAAUGUAAUUUUGGAGGAUGGAGAAUUCUGGAUUGCAGUUGAGGAUUUCAAAGAGAAUUUCCAGUUUCUGGAGAUCUGUCACUUGGGACCCCAGAGCCUCUUGGAAAUUGGGGGUGCUGCGAAACCUUGGGAUUAUGUGAUGUAUGAAGGGCGCUGGGUGAAAGGACUGUCAGCGGGUGGCGGCCCUACCUCUGAUUAUUAUUGGAUGAACCCACAGUUUUCACUGACACUCUCAGGAAAUGAUAAUAACACUUUGUGCAGCUUUAUUGUAUCCGUCAUGCAGAAACACCAAAGGUUAAGAAGAAUCACACAGCGUGUAGCUUGUCAUAUAUUUCAGGGGGAUGACGCACAUGCAUAUCUUUUUCAAGACAAGUUACGUUCCUUGGAGCCGCUUCUCAGUGCUGGGCCAUGUAUUAAUCACAGAGAAGUGGUCAUCUGCACCAGCCUGCCUCCAGGACGUUAUAUCAUCAUCCCAUCUCUGGAAGAGUGCAACGAGGGAGAGUUUUUAGUCAGACUCCUGACUGAAAAGGGAAACCCUUCUAGGGCAUUGGAAACCAGCAAGGAGGGCAAAGAAAUUUUGACUCUGUCUAUGUGUCCAACUGAAGCUGAGAUUCAGAGCAGGUUCCUUAAGUUUGCAAACCAGGAUUGCAGAAUCAACCCUGUACAGCUUCACAGACUCUUGGCAUCUCUGCUGAGUGAGUUUGUUCCUCUUGUGCCAAGUUUCCCUCCAGAGACCUGCCGAUGCUUGCUAGCCUCUCAGGAUAUAUCAGCUGUGGGUUCCCUGGACUGGGAGCAGUUUUACACACUCUGGAAGAAAAUCAUAGCUGGAAUGCAAAUAUUCUGCAAUGCACAGAAGGACAAGGAUGACAGAAUUUCCAUCGAUCAACUUGUCCCGGCUCUAAAGGCAGCAGGCCUCCCAGUAGAUGAUUUCUUGGUAAGACUUGUCCAGUUAAGAUACGGGGACCAAGCUGGCUUUCUCAGCUAUCAUCAUUUCAUCUGCUGUCUCUUAAAAUUUCAAAGUCUGACCGAGAAGUUCCAGGCUGCAGAUCCCGCAGGCUCUGGCACAGUAACUCUAAGCUACCGUCAGUGGCUACUACUGGCUGUGUACAGCUGAAACAAUCUCCUAGAGAACUAGGACCACGU